AUGAGUACGACAACACCACGUCAACCUGAACAACCAUUGCAACGCAGUCAAACGGCUGAUAGUUCUUUGAGCAGACGUCGAAAAAAAUCGGCUGAUAGAAGACAAGCAACACCGCGAGAAUCGUUUGCUCCACAAACUCGUCCUACUAGUUUACAUCGCUAUAAUAAAUUAUAUCGAGGUCCGCCAACACCGCCACCGGAAGUUCAAUAUGAUCGAGAACGAAGUUUUAUUCUUGAUGCUAAAGCUGUAUCGAAUAUUUCUAAUGAUUAUUCAGUAGCUAAUCCUAAACUAGGUUCAGUUAUUCCGCCAUACAAUGCUCAAUUAGAUAGUCAUGUUGAUAAUUAUUUUAAAUUCUUCAGUAUAAGAAAGACUUUAGAAAAAACUGGACAAGCUGCUGGACACGAAUCAACAGCAGGCCAAGUACAUGAUCGAUUUUUUACAAAUGGUCAUGGCUAUCGUUAUUUGUCACUUCGAAAUAAAUUUGGUUCAGGUCAUUCAGUUGAAGAAAUUCGUGGCCAUGAAUUAUUUCUAAGUGAUCCAAAACCAAUUGUUAAUUAUAAUGGACUUUUCGGUUAUCGCCGUAACACACCAUCACUUCGUCAUCAACCAACAAUUGGCACAAAAAAAAUUGACACGUAUAACUAUACUCGUCUCGGUCGAUAUUCCAUUAUUGGCUGUGGCAAAACAUAUACUUUCCAUUGUCGAUGUAAAUUCGAUCAGCCAUGCCGAUGUCACAAUCAAGAUAAACUUUGUCCUUGUGUUAAAGCAUAA